AUGAUGCAAGGCCCUAGUCCACAAUCGACCUUCAACCAGCCACAUACAUCAGGCAUGACCUCGUCGAGCUCAAAUCAGGCCCCACUGCCUCCUGGAACUAGUUACAAUCCAAGAAUACCAACUUCACAAGCACCAAACACUACUGGCGCAUCUAAUGCUCCUACUGCAAAGAAAGUCGGCUGGGAAAGCGAUAAAAUGCUGAAUGUGUACAUAUAUGAUUAUUGUCGAAAAAGGAACUUUCAGCAAUCUGCCAGAGCCUUCUUUCUGGAAGCUCAAGUGCCGCAGGAGGCACAAGUGCCGAUUGAUGCACCUGAAGGUUUCCUCUAUGAAUGGUGGACGGUGUUUUGGGACAUAUUUUCUGCUAGAGCAAACAAGACUGGAAGCAGAGAAGCCGUGACUUAUGUAGAUGCUCAGGCGGUCAAAGCUGCACGAGAAAAGGAUUCAAGAAGACAUCCUAGUGCACCGUUGCCAAAUAUGACUCAAGGUGGCCCAAUUCCAAUGCAACAACAACCACCAGACAGUUCCUCAAAUGUUUCAUCACCAAAUGUAUUCCCGCAACAACCUCAAUUGACUCCAGACGACCACGCUGUAAACAUGAGUCAAACACCGUCACAAGUCUCCAUGAUAGGCCAUGGAGAUAUAGAACAAUCUCAAACGAUGGACUCUAUGCAGCAGCAGCACCCAUUUGCAUCUCAUGAUCAACAACAAGUACCGCAUAUGUCAUAUCAGCAACAGCAGCGACAACAACCAUCACCGCAACCCAUGUUUAUAGCAUCACAUCAUCAACAACAACAACAAACACUACCACAGCAGCAGCAGCAACAACAACAGCAACAGCCACCUACACAACAGCCAUACAUGCAACAACCGAUACCUCAGCAGUCUCCCAUGAUGCAGAAUCAAAUGAGACCAAAUCCAGCACCGCCGACGCAGCAGAUAACGGCGUCACAGAUACAGGCUAGUAUGCAGGCGCUUGGAUUGGCGGGGAGAGAUCCUGCGUCGCUGAGUCUUCAGGAACGGCAAAUGGUGAUGGCGUAUGUGAGCAAGUCGCAGUUGAACAUGAUGCAGAAUCGAGGAGUCGCGUGGCAAGAACAACCUGCUAUGUUUGUUGCACCUCAUCCUCCAUCACUGGCUCAACAAUCGCCGAAUCCCAUCGAUGUGCAGCAGCAACAGCAGCAGCAACAGGUUCAACAGCAGCAGCAUUUGCAACAGCAGAUGAUGGCUGCUCAGAACUAUGGUCGUAUGAGAUCUGAUGGAAAUAUGAUGAGUCCGAUGAUGCAACCUGGAAUGGAGAAUAUUCCACCGCAGCAGCAGCAACAAGUGCAGCAAGGUGUACAGCAGCAGCAAGUGCAUCCACAGUCACAGCAACAAGCCCAGCAGCAGGCACAACAGCAGGCUCAACAACAGCAACAGCAGCUUCAACAACAGCAUCAGUUGGCUGCGAAUGGUCCCCAAGGACUGAAUUCUCAAGUCUCACCACCAAUGCCAAAACGACAACGAGUCAACUCGCUUGGAGGAUAUGCAGGUCCUCAAGCGCCGAUAUCUAUGCCAAUGCAGCAACCACAGUCUGUUACAAGUCCAAUGAGCAUGCCAAUGGUGCCUCAAUCGCCACAAGCUAUAUUGACAAGUGUGUCGCAAACCGCAAUGCAGAAUGGUGGUGGCAUGUCUGGAGGUGAUCCUGCUAUGAUGCAGCCAGGAGCAGCAUUUAAAUGGCCUCCUGGAGCGUCUCCGGCAAUGACGCCGCAGCAGCAGUUGCAAAUGUUUAGGAAUCAGCAGUUUAUGAGACAGCGAGGGCCGGCUACACCACCAGUGUCUAGUAUUCCGCAGAUGCCACCGAAUAAUAGUAGUAAUAAUGCUGGCAAUGGAGCCAACCAGCAACCACAAUCGCAACCAUCGCCUCAACAGCAACAGCAGCAACCGCAGCAGCCACAACAACAGCCCAGUUUCGAAUCUGUGCCUGGAUCACCGGUGUAUCUGCCUACAUCCAUGUCAAUGACGACGCAUCAGAUGGGAGCAUACCGUGAUGCGACUGCUAUACGGGAAAAGUCAGUCAAGACACGACAACAGCAGAUGAUGGGAAAUGUAGCUGCGACAUCUCAACCGCAAAAUCCUCAGUAUGGAAUGGCGCCACGAGCGCCUAAUAGUAAUGUACCGCCAGUAGUCAGCCCACAACCUACCAUGCCGUCUACUCCGGCUUCUCCACAAAACCUCGGACAAGCUCAGCAACAUCAUGGUUUCAAUGGCCCAACAGCUGGAUACCCAUCCGGUGGUGCUCCUCCUUCUCAACCUAGUGUGAAGAGGUCGAGUCCCAGUGUAUCAGAGCCGAAUAUGACGCCACGAGAAAUACCUGUGAUGAUGCAGCCGCCGUCAUCGCAGAAUACCAUUCCAAAGGAUAAUAUGGAGCAGUCUGGUGUUAAUGGCUCACAUGGGACGAAUGCAGCUUCGGCUCAUACUCCACCCUAUAGUCACAACAAUCCGGACCUCAAUAAAGCAAAUUUGUAUUAUCAGCAACAACAGCAGCAGGUGCAACAACAGCAGCAGCAGCAACAACAAAAUCAACGCAAACCACCAAAUAGUACAAACCCAGCACCGCUCUCUCCCUUUGGUAUAACACCGACCAGUUUACCAAAUACUAGACCUGAUUCCCGCAGUGAUUACGGAGAUCCUGGUAACGUUGAUGGCCUGGAUCGUCUAUUCGCAGAUGAAACGUCUAUGAGCAGCUCCUACGAUGAUUGGGCAAACCUGCACACAUCCGGCGUAUCGCAAGAAGACGACGGUCUAGGAAUGAUGGAUCAGAAUUAUAUUAUUGGACUAGCACCGACAUCCACAUCUGAAAACGAGGCCAUGCUCAACCGGACUGGACGUGGGAAUGUGAAUGGAGAGCCGUCAGGGCAUGAUGCCAGCUCUGCGAAUGGCUCUGAUACAGGAGCGCUGCGGCAUGUAGCAUCGUUGAGUGGUCUUACUAGUAAAGUGCAGACAUGUGCGUUUGAUGGUACAGGUGAACUCUUUGCUACCGGUGGCCAUGAUCGUAAGCUUAUAAUAUGGGAUGCGAGACGAGCACUUACUGGAGAUGUGCCGCAAAUUAGUAUAUGUGAUGCACACGCAGCUGCUUUAAUCACACUCCGCUUUUUGAACUUGGAUUUAAUCGUGGGUCCAGAUGCUGAAACUCUUGAUUUCGUACCCACGUUGCUGGCAACCGCCUCAUACGACCAAAAAAUCCGGAUAUGGGAUUUAUCGCAUAUACGACAGGCUAUUGGAGAGCGUGAUAAGCCGGUGCUGGAGGAUUCUGUGAUUACAUUUGGAGGACAUCAGAGGGCUGCGGUGUUUUCGGUUGAUUUCUGUCCUGUUGGUGUUGCCAAGGAUGUUGGGAAGCCGGGACGGAAGGUUGUGUGUUAUUGUACUUCCCUGGAUGCGGAGGGCGAUUUGAAAGUGUGGGAGGUGUGGACUGGGACUAUUGUUAGGACUAUUAAAUUGCCUGCAUUAUCUAAAGCCUCGACGUAUACAGCAAACCCAGUCCGCUUCCGGCCUGUACGCUCGAGCCAAAAUUGUACAUCUGUAUAUAUAGCCACGGCCUAUGCCACGUCGCUCCACAUAAUCGAGCUAGCAUUCUCGUCUGAAAUGGGUCUCGUAGCCGGUGAAGAAUCAUAUAAACUAGGAAGCUUCCCAACCCCACAUACAAAAAACAUAUCCAGUCUCGAUUGGUCUGUCGAUGGGCAGUGGCUCGUAACGUCGUCUGAAGACCUUGUCGUGGUAUGGGAAGCGAGCGUAGGCUCAUCCCUCAUGCUGCGCGAAGUCGCCAAGAUGCCAUCGCAGUCAAGCCCAAUCCUUUGUUGUGUGUUCUUGCAGUCGCCAGCUGCAAGUGCACGUAACACGAAUCUGCCACUCCCGCUGCCAAAGAUUGAUGCCAAGCCACCCAAGGUAGCGUUCGGUGAGUAUCAGCUAAUCUAUGUAUGGGAUGUAGGGCAGGGUACUAGUAGUGUUGCUGUAGGUGGUGGAGGAUCUGGUGCGCCAUCAUAUCCAUACUCGUUUGGUGCAUCGUCGUCGUUUGCAUCGUUGCCAAGUCCCGGGAAUAAUGGGAAUAGUAGGAUUACGUCGUUUAAUACGCAGACGGGCAUGGUGGCUAGCUUGUCGUGUGGGAGAAUAGCGGAUUCGGAAUCUCGGGAUUCGUUUAUAUUGGGUAGUAGUAGUGGAACAAAGGAGGAUGUGAGGUUGUGGUUGUCGACUCUAUAA